CUCCAUAAACAAUGUAUAAAUAUUGCAAUGAAAACAUUGAAGGCAUAAAUUUCAUAUAUAUUUCAUCAGAAGAUUUAACUUUGGUGAGAACCGCUCUUAAAGAACAAUUGGAUACUGCUAAUACAAUAUCUGGAACACGUCAGUUUACCAUCAGUUUACCGUCAGUUUACCAUCAGUUUGUACCACUUGGCCAUCAAAAGGUAGACACUAAGCUAUGCAGUGUUGAUGAAGAAUUUGCUUUAAUUCAUGACUUUGGAAAUAUCCAGAUAACAACUGUAAACCUAGUAUCAGGUGAUUAUGCCUGUGUUUCCUAUGAGCAAAAGUGGUUAGCCAUCAGAAUUAAAAAACGGCGAAAAAAUGGUUUUCAUCCUAGUAUUGAGUCAUUUUGUUAA